CUCUCUUCUUUCUAGCUAGUACUACUAGGAUUACUGGUAUAAGUACCCAGGGAUCUGAAUAAUGGACCUACUGACGUCAAGCUUUGACGCCAGCAUCCUCUAUGUCGAACAGCAUCCCCUCUCAAUAGUCUUUCUUGUACUUACUCUUUGGCUUUUCGGCCGAUUCAUACAAAGCCGGCGGAUUUCUGCGGAAGAUGUCAUCUGUGAACCAGAGAAAGAUGCAUACCCACCCAUUGAGCCUCUACGCUCUUUCGACUGGGAGACAACCGAGCCAAUGCAAUUUCGUCCUUUCAAGGCGAAGUAUCACCUUACCAUGGCGCUCUCGACGCUCGACAUCUCGACCCUCAUCCCCAUCGAUAAAACCUACAAAGCCCGCCUCGCCUACCGCCAGUCCCUGCUCAGCCGAUACCCCUCCGUCGUCAUCGGCGUCACGCCCGCCGCCGAACGACAAGGCAGCCUCGCUCACGCGGCCGUGCGCGAACUCUACGAGUUCGUUCUGAGUGUAUACCUUCCCACGAGGUACCCUGGGGUUUUUGAUCUCCAAGUACAUGCGUUACCCAAAAAAGAGACUAAACCCCGAUACCUCCUCAACAGAAUCACCAACCGUCUCAUCCCAGCAAGAUCCCCCAGCUCGACGCGCGAAGCCCUCGAGACGCUCGGCACGGUCGUGGACGAGGAUUUCCUCGUCUUAUUGCCUAUCUCGCGGAUUGAGUCUCCAGCUGUUGGUGGUUCCGAUGGGGAAAAGAAGGAGGAAGAGGAAGAGGAAGAAGGCGAGUACACCCUGCAAGCGUAUACGACCUUCUACCCGGCUGGGUUCGACACGCGGGAGAAGCUCGGCCGCACGCUAUCCGCCAUCCAUGAUCCCGUGCCGCGGUACAAGGAGAAGUUAGAGAAGAGCAUGGAUCGGUUCUUUGCGAAGUUGGAGAUCGGGCGUUGCGUGCAGCGCGUGAAUUGGAGCGUCACCACGGGGACGGAGCUGUUUGCUGCGUUUGGGGGCGUUCAUGGGGAUGUUAAAGGGGAGGGGGAGGGGAGGAAGGAGGGGACGUUCCUGCGCUGCGAGCGCCAGACGCUGCAUCGACUUCCCCAGACCAGGGCGUUAGUGUUCACCUUCCAUACGUACACAUAUCCCAUCCAGACGAUCAAAGAGGAAGGUCUUGGUGAGGAACUGGCGCAGGCGAUCGACGGGUUGAAGGAGGGCAGUGUGCCGGAGAUGUGGUGGUAUAAGAGAGGGGCGGCUUGGGGUGAUGCAGUCAAGGCGUAUCUUCGAGGUAAGCCCAACAGCGAUGAUAUAGGAGCCUCCUAAUGUUGAAUCUACGCCUGUCUUGGUUAGUCC